UCUGCGAAUCGAAGUUUUUAUCAAGGAUAUAAAAGAAGCAUGCGGCAAAAGAGAAAACAUCCACGAGCAAUACAAUACGACUGGUAGGUAGUUCCACACAACACUGUGUAUGCAUUUUAGUUUCUCCAUCUUCGAAUCGAAUAAAAGAAGAAUAAACAAGUUCGCUUUGUGCGUGAUCUACUAUUGAUUCUGUUGCAGAAUGAAUAUAACCGAUUCUUAAUGUGUUGUGAAUAUGAAGGAAAAGAAUACUAGCUCUGUUCUUAAGCGUGUUUUAGUGAAUUGUGCAUCUCAGGUUUGUAGAAUUGCGCUUUUAGUGAAUUGUAAAACCUUUUCAUUAGAUCACUUUUUUUGUUACUUAGAAUUAUAAGUUAAAAAUUAGAAUGCAUUGCAUAUACAGGAGAAAGUUCAUAAACGGUUGACUUGAUUUUGUCAUUUAUCGUUUGCGAUAACUAAGUUUAAUUUAUUUGCUUAGAUGAGUUAAACCUGUAAUUAUGAUUGAGGCAUUGGGUUGUUGGAAACUAGAUGGAAUGUGUUGUAUUGUAUGAUCUAUGUUUUCUUUUCAGUUAAGCUUUAGCUUAUACUCUAUCUGUCUUAUUAUGCAUGAAAAUUGUGGUUAACUCUCUUUCAAUAGGCAAAAGCAUAUGGGAGUUGUGUUGCAGCUAAGGUUCCAGACAUUGAACGUGAUAUGUGCGUAACGGAGUUUCUGGCAUUAAAAAGUUGUAUGCAAAAUACGGUAUCAUAUUCUAAAAUUAUCUUGACAUAAAGUUUUUGUUUUUACUCUAGCUCGGUAUUUCAGCUUUAAAUCUAUUUCUUACAUUUUAUGGCGGAAAAAAAAACCCCAAACAGCAUUGGGGAAGACUUAAGAGAAACGAUUUUGCAAACUCAUUUUGAAACAAUUUUUUGUUUUUCAAUUUUUUUUUCUUUCUAAAAUUAUUUAUCUAUUAUGUUGUGUCCACUGUAUAACUGUUACUUUAUUUUGGCAUUUAUAAUUAUUGGAGUAUCUUAUGUUGAAAAAUGCAUAUUGUUCCAAACAGCUCAAAAAGAAGGUUUAAGUGAACUUCCAUCUGCUUCCUUGUUCCGGGCCACCGAAUAAACACACAAAAAGUUUGACAGUUAUACAAAUUUCUAUUUAUCAGUCUAAAGAGGAAGGUCCUAAAACUUUGUGCGGGCAAAGGUUUAACCUUCAACACUCAUAUCUCCUGUUAAUCAUAGAUACAUUAACCUCUUACUAUCCACGGGUGUAAAUAACUUUAGCCGGAUUGCUGCAGUUUGUUCCAUAUCCCUGCUGCUUAUUGUGUAAACAAGAACCAGCAAUAUGUCUAGAAAACCAACAACUUCAAAUCCUAAUAUAGGUCUGAGUGGAUCUGGUCUUUCACAUGCUUACAUUCAGUAUCCACCGCUUCGGUGUAAUGUUCCUGGAUCAACGGGAUUAUUUUAUGAUGAUGGAAAUAAGUUGCUACUCUCCCCAACAACUGACCAGGUCUUUUCAUGGAAAGUCAGUCUCUUUGAACCUCUCAUUGGUCCGUCCACUGACUCAAUAAGUGAAGGCCCUAUUAUAGCUGUUCGGUAUUCUUUAGACACAAAGGUUAUAGCAAUCCAGCGAUCGAGCCAUGAGAUACAGUUUUGGAAUAGAGAAACUGCGGAAACAUUUAGCCAUAAGUGCAGGCCAGAAUCAGAAAGUAUACUUGGAUUUUUUUGGACUGACAGUCAACAGUGUGAUAUUGUUAUUGUUAAGACCAAGGGUCUAGACUUGUGUGCAUAUAAAUCAGGGUCAAAAUCACUCGAAUUGGUGGAAACAAAGAAACUGAAUGUUAGUUGGUAUGUUUACACACAUGAAAGCCGCCUGGUUCUUCUUGCUUCUGGAAUGCAGUGCAAGACAUUCCACGGAUUUCAGAUUUCAUCCGCAGAUAUUGUUCGCUUACCAAGGUUUGAGAUGGUUAUGGCCAAAUCUGAGGCAAAUAGUAAGCCCGUUUUAGCAGCUGAAGAUAUCUUUAUUGUCACUGUUUAUGGUAGGAUAUACUGCUUGCAAGUUGAUAGAGUUGCAAUGCUACUCCAUUCCUAUAGGCUAUAUCGUGAUGCAGUGAUACAGCAGGGUUCUUUACCAAUUUAUUCCAGCAGGAUUGCUGUGAGUGUGGUCGACAAUGUACUUCUUAUUCAUCAAAUUGAUGCAAAGGUUGUUAUACUUUAUGAUCUCUUUGCGGAUUCUCGAGCACCAAUAUCUGCACCACUUCCUUUAUUGUUAAGGGGUUUCCCCAGGUCCAGUACCACAUCUCAAUUUAGUGGUAGAGACAGUGAAAGUUCAGAUGGUAAUAUUGUGAGUAGCCAUGAAGCAGUUACAUAUGCUGAUACAUGGAUUUUCCUAGUGCCUGACCUCGUAUGCGAUGUGGCCAAUAAGCUAUUAUGGAAAUUCAAUUUAGACUUAGAAGCAAUUUCUGCCAGUAACUCAGAUGUCCCCUCAGUAUUAGACUUCCUGCAGCGGCGAAAGUUGGAGGCUAACAAGGCUAAACAGUUGUGCUUGGGCAUAACACAGACACUUAUUCUAGAGCACAGACCUGUGCCUGUGGUUGCCAAGGCUAUGAACGUACUAGUCACCUCAUACUCCCAUUCAAUUAAAACUGGUAGCUAUCUGAAGGGGCUGAAACCAGAGAUGACAUUAAAUUCUAGUGCACAAAAUGCUGAUACUGAUGUAUCUGCUAUAGAAAGAGAUGCAACUGGGAAAUCAAUCAUACACGAAUCUACCACUAGAGUAGACAGCGGAACUUUGGAUUCUGAGGAUGAAUCACAGUUUGCAAAUCUUAAACACAAUUCAAAGGAAGCCCAUAUUGGGGGUAGUAUAAACAAUGAAAACUCCCUAAGUAAUGAAACUCAUAGCUCUUAUGUUAUGCAAUCAUCUUUACUGUCUGUGCAAGAGGAGUCCCAACUUACUUCAGCAACAAUUUCACCAGAUGAGAUGUACAACUUUGUAUUUUCUCCUGUUGAUGAAGAGAUGGUGGGAGACCCUUCUUACUUGGUUGCUAUAAUUGUUGAGUUUCUUCACAGUGCAAAUUUGGAAAAGAUUCGUGUGCUCCCAAAUCUAUAUGUAUUGAUAAUACAACUUCUGGUGCGGAAUGAACGUUAUGCUGAAUUGUCGCUGUUUGUCAUAAAUAAGAUUUUGGAGCCCUCUAAGGAAGUUGCACUUCAACUCCUAGAGUCUGGUCGUCAGAAUGCGCAAACUAGGAAGCUUGGUCUGAAAAUGCUGAGACAGCUUGGUUUACAUAAUGAUUAUGUAUUGCUUCUAGUGCAAGAUGGAUACUACCUUGAAGCCUUGCGAUAUGCACGGAAGUACAAGGUGGAUACCAUCCGACCGUCGUUGUUUUUAGAAGCAGCUUUUGUAUCCAAUGACUCCCAGCAUCUUGCUGCAGUUCUAAGAUUCUUUACAGAUUUCCUUCCUGGCUUCAAAAACACCUCAGAGCAUAAUAGAUACUACCGCAUACUGAAUGAGAUGAACUCUUCCAUGACUGUUUGAGCGGUCUUGCAAGAAUAAAUUCAGAGAUUGAGCCAUUGUCAUGGUAAUUUCCCUUGUUCAAGUGGGGUUAUCUCAUCAUGACAUCCGAUAUCUUUAAGGAUAUAUAUAUUUGGUAAUAGUUGCAUGUUGUAUGUUAAAUAAAUGUUUCCUCAUAGAAAGUUUAGUUUUAGCAGAUACUGUGAUCUAAAUGAAAUUUUCAUGGAAUGAAAUUUUACUUAGCUUGA